AUGUCUCCCGAUUGGUAUACGCAGGCAGCGGACAACAACAAUAACAACGACUCGCAACGUUUUACGGUCAUUGAGGCAGAGCAGACAAGCACAGCAUCUUCGUCGACGGACGGUCGAGGGCGUCCGCCUUGGCGCUUGGCCGAUGAUCAGUCUUUCAAGGUGUCGAUAUCACUCAAAGUCUCGCCAAUAAACACAGCGUCACCCAAACCCUUCUCUGACGUGGCAGGCUUGACGCACGGAUCUGGAAUGACUGGGGCGUCACAUGCUUCCACCAGCAGCGGCAAAUCUUCGUCUGCAGGCUCUAGGACUUGCGCCAAGGAGGGCACAAUAACGCUAGAUAUUCCUGCGAGACUGUGGCAAGUUCUCGACAAAGGCCGAUACUGCAUCGUCAGAAAACUCGGAUACGGACAAUACUCGAGCGUCUGGCUCGCGCGAGACAAAGGGUCAGAUCGCUUUGUAUCUCUGAAGAUCUUGACCUGCGAAGCGACCAAGGCACUUUCAGGCACAUCACCAUUGUCCGACGAGCUCGGUCUGCUGCAGAAGAUAGCCGACGGAGACCAAGGGCAUCCUGGAUUCCGACAUAACAUCAAGUACUACGGCUCGUUUGAAUUUCCGGGACCUCAUGGCAAGCAUCACUGUGUGAUUACGGAGGUGCUUGGGUACAGCCUGGAGUAUGUUCGCACACUGAACCCCAACGGAGACCGUCGUGUGCAGACGAGCACUGUCAAACGCGUCGUGAAGCACAUCGUCCGAGGAUUAGAGUAUCUCCACGAUGUCCGUGGGAUUGUGCAUGCAGACAUCAAACACGACAAUAUCCUCUUCCGGCCUGUCGAUGUCGCAGCCGUUGUAGCACACGAGCUGUCGGCGGACCCUUCAGCAUGCUACGACUGCGGCACAGAGAUCAGUCCGCCUGUCGUGCCCACUGUGUCGCAGGUGCUUCCGCUAUCCACGGAGCUGUUCAUCCGGGAAGACCACUUGGAGGCUGUGGUCUCCGACGUCGGACACUCGCACUGGAGAGACCGCCACUUCCAAGAGAUCAUCCAGCCAGCGGCUCUGCGUGCACCGGAGGUGAUCCUUGGCUACAGAUGGGACACGCCUGCGGAUAUAUGGAAUCUAGGGUGCAUUGUGAUGGAGCUUUUAAUCGGGUUCUGGCUUUUCGAACCCAACAAGGAAAGCGGAUGGGGUGUCGAGGAAGACCAUCUCGUGCGCAUGACGGAAGCGUUGGACACUCGCUUCGAUGUCGAGUUUCUCAGCAAAUGCAUGCACAAGGACCAAUUCUUCACCGCGGAUGGUGCUUUCGCUCAUUUUGAUGCGCACAAGGAGCCGACCUGGACCAUUCGCAGGCUGCUAGAGGCCUUCUCUCUCGAACAAGAUGAGGCUGAGAUUGUCGAGGCAGAGCGAUUUAUCCUCAGAUGCCUACGGCUUGUUCCUGAAGAGCGUGCCACGGCGGGAGAUCUUGCCAACGACACAUGGCUAGAAACGAACAGCAUGACUGGCCCGACUACCGUUUCCUGCUAUAUCACCGAAAUUCUCACUGAUUCCACCACUUGCACUCACAAGGCACAAUACCCUCGUAGCCCAAGCGCGAUCAUCAAGGAAUUCAUCCGAGUCCGUUUGAAGGUGGAGUCCAUCGAGGAGCUCGUAUUUGGGCUUGGUACUGGUAUCGAGCAGCGGCCGUGCAUAUUCUUCGUCGGAGCUCUCGGCGCCUUCCUCGCCAAAGCUCUCAGCACCUUCUUGGGAUCCCGAAUGUUCCGCGGGAUCAUCGCCGCGAACGGAAAUAUCAAUCUCGACUGGGGCCGCCGGGGGCUGCGAUGGAGAUUUCUUGCCCUUUUAGGCUUGGACGACAGAUUUGCGAAUGGCAAUUUCCCCAAAAGCAUGUAGUUGAAUAUAUGAAACCCGCCCGUGUCAUAGUCCACAAAUGUCUCGAAUUCGUCGUAGGUCCUGGACACAAGGUGACGGAGCUCACUUGAAAGGCCGGAUAGACUGUGCUCGUACCACAUGAGGAUCGUCUAGUGGAGGACGUGGACAAAGGACUCGAGGUCGUCCGAUACCUGGCGCAAUUUCAUAGGAUACUGCAGGAGCAUGGCUGAGCUGAACUGCCACGUUCCCUAUGCCAUAAAAUUAGUCAAUGUAUAAGCAAUGACCAGACAUGGAUCUCACCGAAUGAGCAGGAUGGUUCGAUCCU